CUCUCGCAACAGCUGUACCCCCCCCCGGAAAUCAGGCGCCUCCCUCUGCCAAGUACUGCUGAGGAUGUCGAACAACCCACUCCUCGUCAAAGGUGUCGUUGGCAAAACCAGGCCAACCGUCUAUGACCUUCCUGGUAGUGAUCAUGUAUACGGCAAGCUCAUAGACAGGAACCCUGAUGAAACAGCGGCCACAGUUCUACAGCACUGGCAUGUCAAAGCCACAUCCAAGCACCAGAUUCCGUCAUUGGACUACAUCACCAUGAACCGCAACACCGCCAAACGUGGCAUCAUUUCUCCCUCAGCCAUCCGUGAAUACAGAAAACUCCAUCCCGUUCGUGUCAAGAUUGGUGACCACUCGCUGGUGGCCGACGGCAAGAGCGGCAACACCCUGCUGGGUGUGGGUGUAGCGAACAAUUACGGCUACGCGGCAGCACUGAGAAAGAAGCGUGGAAGCGGGCCGCUUCCCAGCGAUGCCAAUCCCAACUUUAUAUACGGCAAGCCCACAAGACCGUCAACGCCUGUGGCCUGUCUCAUGACGGACAUUUACCAACGGGAGUGGGUCAUGGAGCAAGAAAAGCGACAGGGCGAGAAGACCAAGGCGGACAAAGAAAAGUCCAAGCGAAAGCACACCAAGAAUAUUGAGCCGCGCAAAGUGGUACCCAAGAAGAAGCUGUCCCCGUUCGAGCGCGAUGUGUCUACCUUGUUCAAGAUGUCAAAGUUCCAGAAGGCUGGGGCUAAGAUCACUUGCUGGCGAGAGACCGAUGAUCCACACAUGGACUACUAUCCACAGCCAAAGGGCGUCUCCAAAUCCCCGGUCCAGACCGAGGCCGGUAGUGGUGCUUCCGAGGAGCGCAAUCGACCUGCAGUGCUCAAGCCUGGGCCGGCCCAAGACGGACGCAAAGCCGGGGCUGGUUCUGGCCCAACAAGCGAUGCCGAUGUUCUGGCAGGAAAGCUGGUCACCCUUGGGCUGGGCGAGAACCAGGGUAGCUCCAAAAUCGUCACCUCCUCCACCACCGGGGCAGAGGUGAAGAAAUCGGUCACUCCCAAGAACGCCUUCAUACAGCAACGAGGAGCUAGCCCGAAAGGCGUCGCCUUGGCUGCCGAGCCGGCGUCGAGUGCAUCCGACGAGGCCUCCAGGCGAGGAGUCAAGUUCUCAGAACCCGAGGUGACCCGCAUGCAGUCGGUUUCGCCCGAAUACUAG